AUGUCGUCACACGUUGAUGCUACCACACAGACGGACGCGCACUCUUUCACAAUUUCUCAGAUACUCAUAGAUGCGGCAGUGUCGACAGAGGAUCUGGGAGGAGAAGAUCGUGGAGUUAGUGAGCUUACCACAGGUCUCCAAGUCGACGAUGGAUGGAAGGCUCUCGAUGGCAUUCCUUGCGUUAUGAGUGGAUUGACAGCACUUGUCACAUCUGUUGGUGGCACCCUUCAUGGACAUGCCAAAAACAACUUUCCUUGGAAAACCCUACCUAAGGAACUAGCCCAGCUUGGAUUUUUCCUCGAAGGCUACCCCGACGAAACUAUUAUGCCCGGCGAGAUUUGA